AUUUUAAUUUGCUAAAGAAAAAACAAGCUCAAAAUAUUCAUUUGGUCGGGGUUAGCCUUAUAACAUCUGCUUCUCUCCUGCCUCUCCGAUCUCUUAAACUUACGAGUCGCAAGUCCAUACACAAAAAAUCACACGCAUUCGAUUCAAGUUUCGGUAGAGAUGUGGCGCUGCGUGUCGCGUGGCCUUCGCAGUUGUUCUAAGAGAUCAAUCUCGGGCGACUCCCAUUUCCGGCGACUCCUAUCUACUCAAGCUAAUGUGGGAGGGUCAUCCUAUACGAUAGUGGAUCACACAUAUGACGCAGUGGUGGUAGGUGCUGGUGGUGCAGGACUUAGAGCAGCUAUUGGAUUGUCUGAGCAUGGAUUCAACACUGCUUGCAUUACCAAACUCUUUCCCACUCGUUCUCACACUGUUGCAGCUCAGGGUGGUAUAAAUGCUGCGUUAGGAAACAUGACUGAGGAUGAUUGGAGGUGGCACAUGUAUGAUACUGUUAAAGGAAGCGACUGGCUAGGUGAUCAGGAUGCUAUUCAGUACAUGUGUAGAGAAGCUCCAAAAGUAGUUAUAGAGCUAGAGAACUACGGGCUACCAUUCUCUCGUACAGAAGAUGGAAAAAUAUAUCAGCGGGCAUUUGGUGGGCAAAGCCUAAAUUUUGGAAAAGGUGGACAAGCAUAUCGUUGUGCUUGUGCUGCUGAUCGAACUGGACAUGCAUUGUUGCACACUCUCUAUGGCCAGGCCAUGAAGCAUAAUACACAGUUCUUUGUGGAAUAUUUUGCUUUGGAUUUACUAAUGAACAAUGAUGGGAGCUGCCAAGGUGUAAUUGCACUAAAUAUGGAGGAUGGUACCUUACACCGCUUCCGAGCUGCUUCCACAAUUUUGGCUACUGGGGGAUAUGGAAGAGCAUAUUUUUCUGCAACGUCUGCUCAUACUUGCACAGGAGAUGGAAAUGCUAUGGUUGCACGUGCUGGUCUUCCUCUCCAGGAUCUUGAGUUUGUGCAAUUCCAUCCAACUGGUAUAUAUGGAGCUGGUUGUCUCAUUACUGAAGGAUCUCGUGGUGAAGGUGGCAUUCUUAGGAAUGGUGAAGGUGAGCGCUUUAUGGAACGCUAUGCACCAACAGCCAAGGAUCUUGCAUCUAGGGAUGUUGUUUCAAGAUCUAUGACCAUGGAAAUUCGAGAAGGGCGCGGAGUUGGACCACUGAAGGAUCACAUAUACCUCCACUUGAACCAUUUACCUCCCGAAGUUCUUAAAGAAAGACUUCCUGGUAUCUCUGAAACUGCUGCCAUUUUUGCUGGUGUAGAUGUCACGAAAGAGCCAAUCCCUGUCUUACCUACUGUGCAUUAUAAUAUGGGUGGGAUUCCAACAAAUUACUAUGGAGAGGUGGUGACCAUCAAAGGUAAUGAUCCGGAUGCUGUAGUUCCUGGUCUGAUGGCUGCAGGGGAAGCUUCCUGUGCAUCAGUUCAUGGUGCUAAUAGGCUUGGAGCGAAUUCUCUUCUUGACAUUGUUGUUUUUGGCCGUGCAUGUGCAAAUAGGGUUGCAGAAAUUCAAAGGCCAGGAGAGGUACAAAAGCCUUUGGAGAAGGAUGCUGGAGAAAAGACUAUUGCAUGGUUAGACAAACUCAGAAAUUCAAAUGGUUCAUUGCCCACUUCAAAGAUUCGUUUGAAUAUGCAAAGAAUAAUGCAAAACAAUGCAGCUGUUUUCCGCACACAAGAGACUUUAGAGGAAGGUUGUCAGCUAAUUGAUAAGGCAUGGGAGAGCUUCCAUGAGGUGCAGCUGAAGGAUCGCAGUUUGAUAUGGAAUUCAGACCUUAUAGAGACGAUUGAGUUGGAAAACCUGUUGAUUAAUGCUUGUAUCACAAUGCACUCUGCUGAGGCUAGAAAAGAGAGCAGAGGCGCACAUGCCCGUGAAGAUUAUACAAAAAGAGAUGACGAGAAAUGGAUGAAACACACAUUAGGGUACUGGGAAAAUGAGAAAGUAAAGGUGGACUACAGGCCAGUUCACAUGAAUACACUGGAUGACGAAGUCGAGUCGUUCCCACCCAAGGCACGUGUGUACUAAAUAAGUAUCUAUUUUUACCUUCAAAGGUACUUGUGGCUCAAUAAAUUGAAAUUUGUAUUGUGUCAUUAUGAUUUGCAAUAAGUCUUCGAUAUAGAAACUUCAGAUGUGAAUAAUUAAAUGCAUUAGUGUUGCUUUCUGUAUUAGUGAGGUCAGCAGCACCUCUAGGAAGAGGAUGUUGAUAUACAUUACUGUGAUCGUGACUUAUGUUCCCUUUUGUGAUUUAUAGUUUUCAGUUUUCACAAUGUAGUAAAAUCGUUUUGCUUAUAAUCGUAUUUUAUUCUAACCUUAUAA